AUGAAGUCCCUUUCCAUCGCCGCCUGGGCAGUCCUGCUCCCAGCAGCAGCCGCCCAAGCAAACGACAGCUUCGUCGACUACAACACCGAAUCCAACCCAGACCUGUUCCCCCAAUGCAUCGAUCUCCUCGACAACAUGUCCUUCCCCUCCUGCAGCAGCGGUCCCCUCGCCAACACCCCCGUCUGCGACCGCAGCCUGGACCCCCUGACCCGCGCCAAAGGCCUCGUCUCCCUCUUCACCCUCGACGAGCUGCUCAACAACACCGGAAACACCAACCUGGGCGUGCCCCGCCUCAACCUCCCAAACUACCAAGUCUGGGGCGAAGCCCUCCACGGCGUCGGACGCGCCAGCUUCCGCGAUUCCGGCAAUUAUAGCUGGGCCACGUCCUUCCCUAUGCCCAUCAACACCAUGAGCGCCCUGAACCGCACCCUGAUCCAGCAUAUCGGGUCCAUAGUCUCGACGCAGCUGCGCGCAUUCAGCAACGUCGGUCUCGGCGGCGUAGACGUCUACUCCCCCAACAUCAACACCUUCCGCCACCCCGUCUGGGGCCGCGGACAGGAAACACCAGGCGAAGACGCGUUCCUUGCAUCCGUGUACGGGUUCGAAUACAUCACCGCGCUGCAGGGCGGGGUUGAUCCCGAGACAAUCAAGAUCAUCGCCACGGCGAAACACUACUCCGGGUACGACAUUGAGAGCUGGCACGGGCACUCGCGGCUCGGCAAUGACAUGCAGAUCACGCAGCAGGAGUUAUCGGAGUACUAUAUGCCGCCGUUUAUUGUUGCGGCUAUGGACGCCAAGGUCCGCAGUGUGAUGUGCACGUAUAACGCUGUGAACGGGGUUCCCGGGUGCGCGAACAAAUUCUUCCUGCAAACCCUGCUGAGGGAUACGUUUGGGUUUGUGGAGGAGGGGUAUGUCUCUGGGGAUUGUGGUGCUGUGUAUAAUGUGUGGAAUCCGCAUGGGUAUGCGGCUAAUGAGUCUGCGGCCAGUGCGGCGUCUGUGCUAGCCGGUACGGAUAUUGACUGCGGGACGUCGUAUCAGUGGUAUCUGGACGAGGCUGCUGGGGAUGCGCUUGUUGCGAGGAGCGAGAUUGAGAGGGGGGUUGUGAGGCUUUAUGGGUCGCUUGUGGCGGCGGGGUAUUUUGAUGGUGAGGAUGCGGCGUUUAGGGAUAUUUCGUGGGAGGACGUGCUGGAGACGGAGGCGUGGGAUGUUGCGUAUCAGGCUGCGGUGGAGAGUAUUGUUCUUCUUAAGAAUGAUGGUGCCUUACCCUUGAAGAACGGUGUCAAGAGCGUUGCUGUUGUUGGGCCCUGGGCGAAUGUGUCGGAGGAGCUGCAGGGCAAUUACUUUGGCCCUGCGCCGUAUCUGAUCAGUCCGCUGGAUGCGUUCAAGGAGUCGGAUUUCGAUGUCCACUACGUCAAGGGUGCGGAUUUGAACUCGAACUCGACUGCUGGGUUUGAGGAUGCACUCAAGGCUGCGAGGAAGGCUGAUGUGGUUGUCUUUGCUGGAGGUAUUGACAACACCAUCGAGGCAGAGGCCAUGGACAGGGAGAAUAUCACCUGGCCAGGGAACCAGCUGGACCUGAUCAACAAGCUCAGCAAGGUUGGGAAGCCACUCAUCGUCCUGCAGAUGGGCGGAGGACAGGUUGAUUCGUCCUCGCUGAAGAACAACGACAACGUCAAUGCCCUAAUCUGGGGAGGAUACCCCGGCCAGUCUGGCGGCCAUGCCCUGUUCGAUAUCAUCACUGGAGCAAAAGCACCUGCAGGCCGUCUCGUCACCACUCAGUAUCCGGCAAACUAUGCCACAGACUUCCCAGCAAUCGACAUGAACCUCCGUCCCAGCGGUGAUAACCCGGGCCAGACUUAUGUGUGGUAUACCGGAGACCCUGUUUACGAGUUCGGCCAUGGUCUGUUCUACACCACGUUUGAGGAGUCGACCAAGGGCAGCAGUGCAGGGUCGUUCAACAUCCAGGACAUCCUGGCCCCGACGCACCCCGGCCAUGGACGCGUUGAGCAGAAGACCCUGCUCAACUUUACAGCCACUGUCGAGAACACUGGAGACGUCAAGUCCGACUACACAGGUCUCAUCUUUGCGAAUACCACCGCGGGUCCAGCCCCGUAUCCGAACAAAUGGGUUGUAGGGUUUGAUCGUCUUGGAGGACUGGAGGCUGGCGAUUCCCAGACCCUGACGGUGCCUGUCUCCAUUGAAAGCGUCGCACGAACAGACGAAAAGGGCAACAGGGUGCUCUAUCCCGGAUCGUACGAGCUGGCCCUGAACAACGAGAGAUCGGUCGUCGUCUCGUUUGAGCUGAAGGGCGACAAGGCCGUUAUUCUAAGCUGGCCAGAGGAUACAACGAGCCCGUAA